UGGCGUGGUUGGGACCGGGAGGAAGGGACAGGGAACGAGGGGAGGAGGGACCCCUCGUUUUUAGUGUUUUUAGUAAGCGUUCCAUGACUUUUCUCGGAGGCUGUGGCAGCCAUUAUUCUCUCGAUAAGCUUCCCACUUAAGCUUAUGGGAUGUCCCCAAGACCCACUUAGGUACCGAAUUCAGUAACGAGUGGUUGGACACGGAGAGGUUAAAAAGAUGCAAUAAACGAACUGGACAAAGGGAGAAGGAAGCCUUUCAACGAUUGACUGCCCUUCUUUAACAGUUAGUUUGGCGUACGUUAAAAUUAUGACCCAGUAUGGCUUCCGUACCGGGUAGAACAGAUACAGGUGCUGUGUUUACAUUUGGAAAAACUAAAUUUGCUGAAAAUAUCCCUAGUAAAUUCUGGUUUAAGAAUGACAUACCUAUAUGUCUUUCAUGUGGUGAUGAACAUACUGCUAUUGUUACAGGAAAUAAUAAACUUUACAUGUUUGGCAGUAACAACUGGGGUCAGUUAGGAUUAGGAUCAAAGUCAGCUAUCAGCAAACCAACAUGCAUUAAAGCUCUUAAACCUGAAAAAGUGAAGCUGGCUGCUUGUGGAAGGAACCACACCCUAGUUUCAACAGAUAAAGGCAGUGUAUAUGCAGCUGGAGGAAAUAAUGAAGGACAGUUGGGGCUUGGUGACACUGAUGACAGAGACACUUUUCAUCAAAUUGGCUUCUUUACACCUAAAGAUAACAUCAAACAGCUCUCUGCUGGUGCUAAUACAUCAGCUGCAUUAACUGAGGAUGGAAAACUCUUUAUGUGGGGUGACAAUUCUGAAGGGCAGAUUGGUUUGAAAAAUAAAAGCAAUGUGUGCAUCCCUCAUGAAGUGACCGUUGGGAAGCCAAUCUCAUGGAUCUCUUGUGGAUAUUACCAUUCAGCUUUUGUAACAGUGGAUGGGGAACUGUACACAUUUGGAGAACCCGAGAAUGGGAAGUUGGGCCUUCCCAAUCAGCUGCUGAUCAAUCACAGAUCACCCCAGCGUGUGCUGGGGAUUCCCGAGAAGGUGAUUCAGGUAGCCUGUGGUGGAGGACACACUGUGGUUCUCACAGAUAAAGUCGUGUAUGCCUUUGGGCUGGGACAGUUUGGCCAGCUGGGCCUUGGCACUUUUCUUUUUGAAACAUCAGAGCCCAAAGUCAUUGAGCGUAUUAAGGAUCAGAAAAUAAGUUAUAUUUCCUGUGGAGAAAAUCAUACAGCUUUGAUGACAGAUAUAGGCCUCAUGUAUACUUUUGGAGAUGGCCGACAUGGAAAAUUAGGACUUGGAAUGGAGAAUUUUACCAAUCAGUUCUUUCCUACAUUGUGCUCUAAUUUUUUGAGAUUUACAGUUCAAUUGAUUGCCUGUGGUGGAUGUCACAUGCUGGUUUUUGCCACCCCACGACUUAGUGCAAUAGAGGAAUCUGAAAUUGAAGAAGUCUUUGAGCCUUACCUAAGUGCGGGUUCUAUGCCCAUCAGUGAAAUUUCCCCAGGAACUCCAAUGAACAGAUCUUUAUCAGCACGUCUGCGGCGAAGAGAGCGGGAGAGACCCCCAUGUUCUGCUUCAAUGGUGGGAACACUGCCUCCAUUAGAGGGGACUUCUUCUUCCACUUCAGCUAAUUAUUUUUCCCCCAGUUCAAUUCCUUUCCGUUUGUCUAUGGAUAACUACCCAGAGAAAAGCCCCUCUGAGUCUGUGGAGCCACUGGACUCAGAUUAUUUUGAAGAUAAAAUGAACAAAGAGACAGAGACAGAAAAUUCUUCAGCAGUGGAUUCAGAAAACCUUGGUGAAACUACUGAUAUCUUAAAUAUGACACAUGUGAUAGACCUGAGUUCCAAUGAGAAGUCAUUAAGCUUUUCAACAAUUGAAGAACCACAGAAUCAAGACAUGGUUGAGAAAGAGAUGGAAAGUGCAACUUGUACUGAAAUUGAUGAUAGUUAUGAAUAUGAAGAGAUGUCAAAAAUAAAAGAAGGGACAGUAUACAAACAGUAUUUAGCAAAAGGGAUUUUCAUGAUACGCCCACAGGAGAUUAUGGGAGCAUUUUCAGAUGAGGAAGUAGGUAAUGACAUAGACCUGGCAGAGCUUCAGCUCAACACCGAUGAAAAGAGUUUACAAAAAGAGGAACUAGAACAGGAAAGUAUUGAAGAAAUACUCCCUGAGAAGAAAAUGGAGGUGAUGGAAAUAGCAGGUAUGACAGAUAUUAGCGAAAGGGAAGACGAUGCAAAGUCAGAUGCAUUUUUUGAUGAAUUACAAGAUACAGAUGUGACUGCCGAGAGUGAAGAGAAUAAAGAUACUACACAGGAAAGGGACAGCGAUGAGCAGAAUUUGAUCUUUGACAGUGAAACGGAAGUGUUAGAAGAACCAGACAGUUACGUGGAAUGUGAAGGGCCAAGGCAGCCAGACAGAGCUGAGGAGCUGGAAGAGCCCAAGCCAGUAGAACCUAGUAGUGAUGAUAAAGAUGACGAUGAAGUGGAAACUGAGCAUUGCUUAUGGUACAGCAGGAAAUGUGCUGAACAAGAAAGUGAGAGUGAAGCCAGAGCAACCAGAUUUGUUGCAAAAUAUGAUCUUAAGCAUGACCACUUGUCAGGGAUACCCGAGGAGCAGGAAGGACCAGAAGACAUAGAAGGAAUUGCAGUAGUGGAGCAAAUGAUUGAGGUACAAGAGGAAAAUGUGGAAUUGGAAGGAGAAAUAAAAGAGGCGGAAACAGAAACCCUGUCAGAUGUCAGUACAGAAAAAGAGGAUCAGCAAAUUUCAGAAACUGUGGAACCCGAACCCGAACCAGAACCAGAACCAGAACCAGAACCAGAACCAGAACCUGAACACGAACCAGAACCUGAACACGAACCAGAACCUGAACACGAACCAGAACCAGAACCAGAACCAGUACCAGUACCAGUGCCAGUGCCAGUGCCAGUACCAGAACCAGAACCAGAACCAGAACCAGAACCAGAACCAGAAGACAUGGAUGACCAAGUUAGUGUCCCAAAUGUGGAAGCCAUUGUAGAAGAAGAAGUGAAGGAAGAAGAGAAGGAAAUUGUGGAAGAAAGCUUCCCUGAAGAUAGCCCUCCUGAAACAGAAAGCUCAGAAACUAUUGAUGCCCUCGAUGACAACCCAGAUGAAAUCAUUAAAGAGGAAGACAGUGUCAGCCUACUCAAACGGACUCUUCGUGAAUACAAUGAAAAUCCAAAAGGACACAUGUACGAUCGUAUAAAGAGCAGUUCUUCCGAAAUUCUGGGAAGUGUUGAACCAACAAGUAAAGACAUAAAAAAGUCUAAAAAGAUUUCCUUCUUUAAUCGGAUGUCAUUGACAGGUCAGAAAAUGAUGCAGAAUACUAACGAUCCACUUCCAGAAAUAAAGCCAAUAGGAGAUCAAAUAGCCUUACAAAAUGAUAAGAAAGAUGCCAACCAGAACCACAUGGGUCAAAAUCUUCAGGAUACUGCACCACCAAAUAUGGAGGGAAAGUCCAAAUCCUGUACAAUACUAUAAAUGUAUGUUUAUGUUUCCAUGGUCACCGAGCACAUUUGUUCUUCAUACUUGAAAAAUGUUAUGUCUUCUGAAGGAAAUUUCCUGAUAACACUGUUAAAAAAAAAGAUAAAAUUAAUGUUUGGCUUGGUUUAAACAGUUUUAAUAUUUAUUUAUGCUCAUAUUCUUAAUAAGCGGAAUACUUGUACCUCCAAUCUUCCUUGACGUGUUUGGCCUUAACUGUUCAGUGUUGCAUAAAACAAUAUAUUUUUAUAUUUGAAAGCUGAAUGAAGAUAUUUCAUAGUUUUGCUAACACAGUUAUCAUUAUUUGUAAUUUCCUAAGCCAAUGUUUGUGGUCUUACAACACUGGAACAGUUUUGAGUAUAUUUACAACAUUUAAAAACAGGCAUAAAAUGUGAUGCACUUAUUUUAAUAAAUUAUAACUGUUGGGUCUGCUGUUAAAAUGGACAAGGUACUUGAACUUAACAAUAAUAGGCAAAAAAAUCUAAUUUUGAAUAUCAAAGGAGGGGGCUGGAGAGAUGAGGCAUUUGAUGCUCUUACACAGGACGUGAGUUUGGUUCUCAGCCCCUACAUGGGGCUCACAACUGCCCAUAACUCCAGUUCUAGGGGAUCUGAUGCCCUCUUCUGAUCUCUGCAGGUACCAGUCGGGCACAUGGUUCACAGACAUACAUGUAGGUAAAACAAUAUAAAGAAAACAAAUCUAGAUUUUUAAUCAAAAGGCACAAAAUAUCUUUAAUCCUUAACAAAAAUGUGGAUCAUCUGUAAAAUUUGACCUGCCACCAGUUGCGAUCCUGAGACCCCAAAACAGUCAGGCUUGCACAUUUCAUCUGUCUCUACCCAUUUAAUGACACAUACUGCCUCAUGACCUGAGCAUCACAAAGUGCGCAGGACUGAUCCAUCUACCAAUCUGCUCUGAUGGGAGCUUUGCUUCCUUGCUAACAUUGUAUAUUUAAAACAAAUGGACCACACUCACUUCCCCCAUCCUCCCUUGUAAAUGAAACAUGUCACUCUUUAGCCACAGUGACCACCUACAGGGUAAAAAAAAAAAAAAAAAAAACUGUUAAUUUGGAGUAGAUAUGGCUUUAAUAUCUUAAAAAUAGUUUUCUGAGUGGACAUUACACUUAGUAGAUUUCUUAUUUUAUUAAAGGUAAACACAGUUUCAAAACUUGUGUUGUUGAAGCUACAGUACCAGUAGGAUGUUACAGAAGUAUAUGAAACAUAAACUCUAAGGGCUGAGUGGAAGUAACUCAAAAAUGCUACUAAACCAUGCUAUUUGUGGGAGGUAGAAUUCUAAGGUGAGCCCAAGUUUCAUGUUGGUGGCACAUGCCUGGAAUAAUCCAUUCCCUCUGAGUAUGGGUGAAACUAGUGACCAUGCUAGGACAUCACUCCCUUGCUUGUGUUACCAGGGUCUCUUAGAAAGAUUUUGCAGAUGUAAUGAAAAUUCAGUCACUUGACUUUAAGUUAGACUUCCAAAGGGAGUUCAUCACAGAUGGCCCUGACCUAAUCAGGUGAACCUCAUCAAAGAGUCUUGAGAGGACCAACAUAGAAACAGAACAAUUCAAAGCAGCAGAGACCCUGCUGUCUUAGCAAAUGCCGACUGCCAUAUUUAUGGAGAACACAUUAUACCAGGGAGUAUGGGGUAGCCUCGAGGAUCUGAGGGCUUGCCAUUCCGCGAUAGUUGGGAACUGAAUUCUACCUACAGCCAGUGAGCCUAGGAGAGGAACACAGUUCUCAGACUUGAUCCUAACCCUGGCUGGCACAUUGACUUCAGCCUUUUGAAAGAGACUCUGAACAGAAGACCCAGUGCAGCAGUGCCCACACUCCUGAUCAACCAAAGUCGUGAACCAAUAGGUACAUGUUGGGAGCUUUCACCUACUAAGUUUAUGGUGACUUUCUUUAAAAAAUUGUUAUAAAAUUCUCUCUCUCAAUCUCUCUCUCUCUCUCUCUCUCUCUCUCUCUCUCUCUCUCUCUCUCUGUGUGUGUGUGUGUGUGUGUGUGUGUGUGUGUGUGUGUGUAUGUGUGUGUGUGUGUGUAAACUUAGAAAGGGCUAAACUAUAGUUACAUACCAAAUUUUGUCUGUCAACUUGUGAUCUCUUUUUUGUUUUUUUUUUUCUUCUCUGUUCUAAGUGAAGUGCAUUGCUUUGGUAAGAGAAAACACAUUUACAAAUAAAUUUUGUUGAAAUAAUUAGGCCUUAGUUUUAUCUUGGAUAUAACAAUCACUAAUUUGACAUAAAUUUGAAUCAAGAAGUUAUAAUUUAGUAACCAACUAGAAAAAUACUGAUUCACCUGUAAUAUUUUCAAAAUUUUCAAUGCAUAAAAUACAUGGUUAACUUCAGGCCAGUCAGGACUAUCUGUAGUGAUACCCUGCCUCCAGAACAAACAAAAGAAAGCAAAUAUAGAAGAUACACCCAUAAAAUCUCACCAAUAUGAUUGUAUAAAUGUGAGCUGAACAAAGAUGACAUCAAUGAAUAUGCCAAACUGUACAGGGGAAAAAUGUCCAUGAGGCCUCAACUCUACAUAAAGAACUAUAGGCAACUGAGGAAAGCUGGGAGCGGAAGAGCUGGCCCUGCCCAGGGAAGAGCACACCAAUUGCUUCAUCAGUAAUUGCCAAGUGAUCUGCCCUGAAAACAUACAUACUAGUAACAUUAUAGUAUCUUCAUUCACAAUCCCCAGACCCAGAAAGAACCCAACACCCUUCAACAGUGAAUGGAAAGCAAAAUGUAGCAGGUCUGUAGAACAGAGUACUUCACUGUAGAAAGGCAUAUACACUCUUGACAUGAACACCCAUCUAUGCAAGUGAAUAUGAAAAGUAUGCUGGCUUAAAGAAACUUUCUUCACAGCUUACCUCCUAUAUGACUCUGUUUCUGUGAGAUUAUCCCAGAUACAAAACUGUAACAAUGGGAAACAAAUCCUUGGGCAAAUGGGACUAAGGAUGUGACUUCAAAAAGCACUGGACAGUAGUAUUUUGGUGAAACUGGUCCCUAUUCUGACCUGGCUGGUUACUAUAUGAAACUAAAAUGUGUGCACUUCAUAAAACAAUAAAGCUAAACUGUUCCACUGGAUAACAUAUUGAUUUGAAAAUCCAUAAAACAAAUAAAACCUUAAAUAACUCAGUUCAAUAAAGUAAAUCAAAUGGAUCCAAAGCAAUGAGGUCAGCCAUAAAGCUCAAGGAAGUGACAAACAUCUAUGCCUUGCUUGAUUCUAAUCCAGUAGACAAAUGAGUCAUUUAGAAAAUGUGUUCUUUGCAUUAGCUUAUGAUGCAGCAAUGUGACUAGAGAAUCACCAUGAGCUUCAAGAAUGUUGUAUCUCACAAGCUGACUCUUACUAAUAAUUAACAAAAUGUCCAUGUUAUUGUCCAUGAAAAAAUACUUGUUGCAUUAAUGUAUGUUUAAAUGCUGUAACAAAGUAUUUCCAAAUCUGAGUUGUUUAGCAUUGUAAACUUUGAAAUGUGGGAUAUCAUAAUUCACCAAAGGUAAGAGCAUGGCCUGGUCAUUCAGGAACCUGGACUUUGAUCAUCCAGUAACUUUGGCAUUUUCAAAGGGCUUAAUCUACAGGCCUGAAAGUAGCAUGUGUGCUUUUGUCCACAUUACAUGGAAAUCUGCUCAACAUUCUGCAUGGAAAAUCAGAAAACUUAGUCUCAUUUGUAAGUUCAGGAAGACAAGAAAAUUGUCAUAUAUAUUCUUACUCUAUGUGCCAAUGAAAAGUGAAUCCAUGUGCUUUCACAAUAAGUUGAAUAAAGUCGUACAAAAUUCUCACUUUA